AUAAAGGCUUUCACUCCUGUUUUUACAGCACAGCCAUGAACUGGAACAAAGGUGGCCCCGGUGUGAAGCGUGGUUUUGGAUUUGGAGGAUUUUCCCUCGCAGGGAAAAAAGAGGAACCUCAGUCUGCGCCGAAAUCUCAAACUUCAUUCGGAGCAACAGGAUCAGGUGGAGCCUAUGGGAAGAACCAGCAGCUCCCAUCGUUCUACAAAAUAGGGACAAAAAGAGCUAAUUUUGAUGAGGAAAAUGCAUACUUUGAAGAUGAUGAAGAGGAGUCCAGCAGCAACGUGGACCUGCCGUAUAUCCCAGCCGAGAACUCACCCACACGGCAGCAGAUGCAGUCCGGUGGUGGCUCAGAUAGUGAGGACGAUCCUCUUGAUGCCUUCAUGGCGGAGGUUGAGAGCCAGGCAGCUAAAGACAUGAGGAAACUAGAGGAAAAGGAAAAGGAGAAAAAGUCAGCCAAGGGUAUUCGUGAUGACAUUGAAGAGGAAGAUGAACAAGAAGCCUACUUCCGCUACAUGGCAGAGAAUCCCACAGCUGGGCUGACUCAAGAGGAAGAGGACGAAAACAUUGACUAUGACAGUGACGGGAACCCAAUCGCUUCUGCCACCAAGAAAAUCAUCUUGCCACUUCCUCCCAUUGACCACUCUGAGAUCGAUUACCCACCCUUUGAGAAAAACUUCUACAAUGAGCAUGAAGAGCUCAGCAACUUGACAGCAACACAAGUGUUGGAGUUAAGGCAGAAACUAAACUUGAGGGUAUCCGGUGCUGCCCCUCCAAAACCUUCCACUAGUUUUGCCCACUUCAGCUUUGACGAGCAGCUAAUGCACCAAAUCCGCAAGUCUGAGUACACUCAGCCCACUCCCAUUCAGUGUCAGGGUGUGCCCAUUGCUCUGUCUGGAAGGGACAUGAUUGGUAUCGCAAAAACUGGCAGCGGCAAAACGGCAGCUUUUAUCUGGCCCAUGCUGGUUCACAUCAUGGACCAAAAGGAACUGGAGGCAGGAGACGGGCCCAUUGCCAUCAUUGUGUGUCCCACUAGAGAGCUUUGUCAGCAGAUCCAUGCAGAAUGUAAGCGUUUCGGCAAAGCCUACUCACUGCGUUCUGUGGCUGUGUAUGGAGGAGGCAGCAUGUGGGAGCAGGCCAAGGCUCUUCAGGAGGGAGCAGAGAUUGUGGUGUGCACUCCGGGUCGUCUGAUUGACCACGUGAAAAAAAAGGCCACAUCCCUGCAGAGAGUAUCAUACCUUGUGUUUGAUGAGGCAGAUCGCAUGUUCGAUAUGGGUUUUGAAUAUCAGGUUCGAUCCAUUGCCAGCCAUGUACGCCCAGACAGACAGACUCUUCUGUUCAGCGCUACUUUCCGAAAGAAGAUCGAGAGGCUGGCCAGAGACAUCUUGAUAGAUCCAAUUCGUGUGGUGCAGGGAGACAUUGGAGAGGCCAAUGAGGAUGUGACCCAGGUGGUGGAGCUGCUGCCUUUGGGGUCGGACAAAUGGGGCUGGCUGACCAAGCGGCUGGUCGAGUUCACCUCCUCCGGCUCAGUCCUGAUCUUCGUCACCAAAAAGGCAAACUGUGAGGAACUGGCUACUAACCUGACCCAGGAGGGCUACAGUCUGGGCCUCCUGCAUGGAGACAUGGACCAGAGUGAGAGGAACAAGGUCAUCAGUGACUUCAAGAAGAAGAAUUUGCCUGUUCUGGUGGCCACUGAUGUAGCUGCUCGUGGUCUGGACAUCCCAUCCAUUCGCACAGUGGUGAACUACGACGUGGCGCGAGACAUCGACACGCACACACACAGGAUUGGUCGAACUGGUCGCGCCGGAGAGAAGGGUCUCGCUUACACUCUCCUCACCAACAAAGACACAUCGUUCGCCGGUGACCUUGUGAGAAAUCUGGAGGGAGCGAAUCAAGGUGUUUCCAAAGAGCUGAUGGACUUGGCUAUGCAGAAUCCCUGGUUCAGGAAAUCCCGAUUCAAGAGUGGUAAAGGAAAGAAGUUGAAUAUUGGUGGAGGUGGUCUUGGUUAUAGAGAAAGACCAGGCUUGGGGGCUGAAAGUUCUGAACGCGGCGGUGGCAGCAGUGUGUUGUCUUCCGCCGGCAAUUACGAAGGCUUCACCAAAGCGACCAGCGGGGCAAUGGGAGAUCGUAUGUCUGCGAUGAAACAGGCCUUUCAGGCCCAGUAUAAGAGCCACUUUGUGGCUGCAUCCAGUGGCCCUCCAAAGCUCAGCACCAAGUCCAGCAGCUCAUCAGGCUGGACCAGUGCUGGCAGCCUGAGCUCUGUGCCCACAGAGGCUGCCAAUGGUUCAGAAAGGUCCCAGGGCGUCACCAUGUCUAUGUCUGGCUUCACCAGCGCCGGCACCCUGAGCUCUGUGCCCACCACUCAAACGAGUUCACAGCAAAGUUUCACCCCACCAGCUCCUCCCUCGCAGAGAGACGGCUCGCGGGACAGGCACAGCGAGGACCGGGGCCGCGACAGCUACCACCGCCACAGCGAGAGGAGCGACAGACACAGUGGAGAGGACCGCUACAGUGACCGCGAUCGACAUGGAGACCGAGAUCGGGACAGCUAUAGUGACCGGGACCGCCACAGUAGCAGCAGCAGCAGCAGCAGCCGCCACAGCGAUAGUCGAAAUGGAGAUGGAAGCAAGAGGGACAGAGAAGAUCGGAGGAGUGAGAGGGACGGGGGAGACAGGGGGAGUGGGGAUGGAAGGGACAGAGGAGGAGAUGACAGCUUUGCCGUACCUGAACCGCCAAAACGUAGAAAGAGCAGGUGGGACAACUAAAGAAAUAAAUAGAAACAUCAAAAGAAUUUAAUGUGCAACCAACUGCUUCAUGAUGAGUUAGUCUCUUUUGUAAGCAGACAACAAAGCAUAUCAAGGGCUGACACAAGCACAGGACUUUAAAUAGAUGUGUACUGGCGCUCCUGUCAGGUUAGUUAGGACAUCAUCAUUUGUUCAGAGCUAGACAGUGUGUCAGGCAUAUAAACACAAGCAACUCGGAGACAGCCACUGUACAUAUUCCAUCAAGACUGUUGUUGUUGUAAGUCAGUAGGGUCAAGCAAUAGAGCUGUAAUGAAUCCUGCUGUUAGGUUGUGAUGGUUGUUGUCUUUUUUCCUCUCACUGAGCUCCUAACAUGCCUUUGUGCUUGCAAACUGGUUGCUUUAUUUUGGAUAUCUGCCAACUGUGUUUGUGUGUUUGCAUUUUGUUAAAUGACAAACCUAACUCUAGGCACUGUUUAUUUUUGGAGACACUCUGUGACGGUCAAACGUACUUACAAAAACCUAUGUACAAUUUUCUUUGUGUCUUGUAUUUGAGUUUUAGUGAAGUGCCUUUCCAUGGCAUUUAGUCUCUUUAUGCUUUUGAAAUGUUUUUCAAAAAGAUGCAUUUGAUUUUACAAGAGGAAGUGUUCAUUCACAAAAAAAGGAAAAUGUGAAGUUUUGAUUAAAAGACGUGUAAGGCA